CCCUCCCCCGCGGACUGCCUGGUUUGAGAUGUGAGUGGAAGAUGUCGGUUUCGGGUCUGAAGGCCGAAUUGAAGUUUUUGGAGUCAAUUUUUGACCCAAACCACGAACGUUUCAGAAUUAUCGAUUGGAAGCCCGAUGAGCUUAGUUGUCAGUUUAAUGUAACCGGUGAAAAACUGUUGAUAAUACAUUGCAACAUCACGGAGUCAUACCCCUCUACACCCCCAAUCUGGUUUGUUGACUCUGAUGAUCCAAGUCUGACAGAGGUGUUGGAGCGCUUGGAAGAUGUCAGAAAAGGAACAUCUUUGCUCCUGCAGCAGCUAAAGCGUCUCAUCUGUGACCUGUGUCGACUGUACAACCUGCCCCAGCACCCAGAUGUUGAGAUGCUAGAUCAGCCCCUCCCUGCUGGGCCCAUCAACCCAGAGCGCAAGCAUGGACCAGCAGAUGAAGUGACAUCCGAGGAGGAGGAGGAGGAAGAAAUGGGCGAGGACAUUGAAGACCUGGACCACUAUGAGAUGAAGGAGGAGGAGCCUGUACAUGGGAAGAAGUCCGAGGACGACGGGAUUGAGAAGGAGAACCUGGCCAUCCUUGAGAAGAUCCGUAAGAACCAGAGGCAGGACCACUUGAACGUAAGUGCUCAUUCGGGUGCCGUUUCUGGUUCAGUUCAGGCCUCCGAUCGUCUCAUGAAGGAACUCCGGGAGAUCUACAGAUCACAGAGUUACAAGACAGGUAUUUAUUCGGUGGAGCUAGUCAAUGACAGCCUUUAUGAAUGGCACGUCAAAAUAAGAACGGUAGACCCAGAUAGUCCGUUACAUAGUGACUUGCAGGUUCUGAAGGAAAAGGAAGGCGUGGACUACAUUCUUCUCAGUUUCUCAUAUAAAGAUAACUUUCCUUUUGAUCCACCGUUUGUACGGGUCGUCUCUCCUGUGCUGUCCGGAGGGUACGUUCUUGGCGGAGGGGCCUUAUGUAUGGAGCUUCUCACAAAACAGGGUUGGAGCAGUGCCUAUUCCAUUGAGUCUGUCAUCAUGCAGAUCAAUGCCACCCUAGUCAAAGGAAAAGCCAGGGUGCAGUUCGGAGCCAAUAAGAAUCAGUACAGUCUUGCCAGGGCACAACAGUCAUACAAAUCCCUGGUGCAGAUUCACGAAAAGAAUGGCUGGUACACACCUCCUAAAGAAGAUGGGUAAAGAGUUCACUCCUCAUUCUCCCUGGGAACAUAAUGUCUUGGGUUAAAAAAACAAAACAACAACAAUAUAUUUUAAUUUCUUUUGGAGCUAUUUUCUCCCUUCUGACUUAUUUGGGAGUUAUAUCAUCUUUCUUGUGGAAACCAACUGGCAAAUUCUUCCGUCUGGCCUGUCGUCAGCUCAGUAGACCAGUAUCUCUUCUCUGCCUGGCCCAAUAACGGGCUAUACUGUCUACUCCCUGCUGCAUCACUCCACUGUCCCCUUCACCUGAGGAGAAUGUCUGUUAUAACUGAGGGGCUCGGCGGUCCUGUUGCAUCACUCCACAGCCCCCUUCACCUGAGGAGAAUGUCUGUUAUAACUGAGGGGCUCGGAGGUCCUGUUGCAUCACUCCACAGCCCCCUUCACCUGAGGAGAAUGUCUGUUAUAACUGAGGGGCUCGGCUGUCCUGUUGCAUCUUUUCACAUUUUGUUUUCCCUUAUGUCUCUCUCUAUGUGGAGAACAGCCUUUUCUCCUUCCAUACAUGCUCUGGUUUUGACGACGUGGGCUCGACUAACGGAUCAUCUUGAUUAGUUCCUCCUCGGUGAGAGAACCUACCUACUGUACAGCAGACCGGUCUGACUAGAGCUGGUUUGUUCGUAUCCACAACCACCACCACCUGUUUUUAGUGUGAAGCUGUACCCUCUUACAGCCAGCCACAGCAUUUGGCAGUUGGAUUUGAACUGAAACCUCUCUGUGGUGACAGUUGGAUUUGAACUGAAACCUCUCUGUGUUCACAGUUGGAUUUGAACUGAAACCUCUCUGUGGUGACAGUUGGAUUUGAACUGAAACCUCUCUGUGUUCACAGUUGGAUUUGAACUGAAACCUCUCUGUGGUGACAGUUGGAUUUGAACUGAAACCUCUCUGUGUUCACAGUUGGAUUUGAACUGAAACCUCUCUGUGUUCACAGUUGGAUUUGAACUGAAACCUCUCUGUGGUGACAGUUGGAUUUGAACUGAAACCUCUCUGUGGUGACAGUUGGAUUUGAACUGAAACCUAUCUGUGGUGACAGUUGGAUUUGAACUGAAACCUCUCUGUGGUGACAGUUGGAUUUGAACUGAAACCUCUCUGUGAUGACAGUUGGAUUUGAACUGAAACCUCUCUGUGGUGACAGUUGGAUUUGAACUGAAACCUCUCUGUGUUCACAGUUGGAUUUGAACUGAAACCUCUCUGUGGUGACAGUUGGAUUUGAACUGAAACCUCUCUUUGGUGACAGUUGGAUUUGAACUGAAACCUCUCUUUGGUGACAGUUGGAUUUGAACUGAAACCUCUCUGUGGUGACAGUUGGAUUUGAACUGAAACCUCUCUGUGGUGACAGUUGGAUUUGAACUGAAACCUCUCUGUGGUGACAGUUGGAUUUGAACUGAAACCUCUCUUUGGUGACAGUUGGAUUUGAACUGAAACCUCUCUUUGGUGACAGUUGGAUUUGAACUGAAACCUCUCUUUGGUGACAGUUGGAUUUGAACUGAAACCUCUCUGUGGUGACAGUUGGAUUUGAACUGAAACCUCUCUUUGGUGACAGUUGGAUUUGAACUGAAACCUCUCUGUGGUGACAGUUGGAUUUGAACUGAAACCUCUCUGUGGUGACAGUUGGAUUUUAAAGCGAAUAUGAAGGAAGAUGGAGGAUCACUUAAGAUGUUUCAGUGAUGUCAUCUUUAGUGACGCUGCUCCUUUUUCUCCCCUGACUUUGUGUAAUAUUUACUGGUACCAAAUUACAGAUGUUGUUUAAAAGAAAUAGUAUAUGCUUAAAUGUAUUGUUAUUCUGCUUGCUGGCUUUUUUGUUGUUGCUUUUUUUUAUUUUUUUUAAUGUCCCAGCAGUAACAUCAUGUGCCAGAUUAGUGACAAAAUGGUGGGUGACUAGGAUGCAGGAAGGGGUCUCCCAAAUGACACCCUAGUAUCUAGAUAGUGCACUUCUUUUGACCUUUGACCUAUGGGAAUGAAAAAGCUGGAUAUGGACAACAUUCUUAGGAAAGCAAAGUAACUCUGGAUCAUUUUUCUUUUUCUGAUAAACGUGUCGGUCAAAAAAAAUACUGCACGAUGUAGUAAACGAGUUGCCAUUUUGGGAUGAAAUCUACCACUGCGUACCAUCUCCCUGCUGUCCUGUAGGAUGCGGCUGUUGAUCCUCAGUUACAACAUCACACCUGAACAUAUAUAUAUUUUUUUACAAUGGUUAAGUGAGCUAGCUCCACCAAGCCGUCUGUCAUGUUGUUUUCCUAUUUAAGGGGAUCGCGUAGGGGAUGGCCUGGUUCCAGAUCUCCUGGGGUUUGGUUUGUACCCAGAAGUUCAUACCGUUUCUCUACCGUACCGGGGUAUGCGGUAUUACCGAAUGUGCACAGAAGUUGUUGGCUCUAUUUUUAUGCACAAAACAAUUUAGGUUACAGGGGCUCUUGAUCCAGGAAGGGAUUGAACGUCUCUGCUGUAACCAAGUAGCUUGAUCUUGACAUCUAAACACUUUGCUAGCAAGUCAACAAGCAUCGUGCAUAGCUGGAGCCCUGAGCUGGAUAUCAUUUAUUUAACACAUCUUAGAUUUACUUAUAGGUAUACUACAUUUAAAGUAGUAUAACCCCCAACAAAAAAGCUCAAUUCUAAAUCAUACCAUUCGUAUUACUCCGGUAUAAAUUGUAUAUAUAUCGCCCAAGCCUAUUGUCCUCUAAUGACCACAGGACAAGAUGGCACAAAUGGACCUGGGACCAACCAGGCUGGAGCAUAGCAUGCAAGGCAACCAUGGCACAACACCGUUACCAUAGCUACAUUACCAGUUAGUUACCAUAGCUACAUUACCUGUUAGUUACCAUAGUUGCAUUACCUGUUAGUUACCAUAGGCAGCUUCAUCUCCAGUUAGUUACCAUAGUUGCAUUACCAGCUAGUUACCAUAGUUGCAUUACCAUCUAGUUACCAUAGUUGCAUUACCAUCUAGUUACCAUAACUAAAUCACCAGUUAGUUAACUUAGUCGGCUUUAACUGGAGACUGACGCUUUGUGGGUCUUGCAUAGUUGUAUGUUUUCAAUAGAUCAUAUUUUGUGUUAUUAAAGGACAAAGAGUUUUCAUUGAGCUAUUAUACUAGUAUACCAGUAGUUAGAUUUAUUGGGUGAUAUAUUCUAUAGCUACCUAAAUUGAAACACUGUUAACUAUACUGAACAAAAAUAUAAAUGCAACACUUUAAAUUAUUUGAUUAUAUAAGGAUAUAAGGAAAUCCGUCCAUUGAAAUACAUUAAUUACUCUAUGGAUCCAUCUAUCUAUGGAUUUCAAAUGACUUGGCAUGGGCACAGCCAUAGAAAGGGCCUGGGAGGGCAUAGGCCCACCCACUUGGGAACCAGGCCCACCCACUUGGGAACCAGGCCCACCGCCAGCCAAUCAGAAUUAGUUUUUCCUCCAGUUUUUUUUAAAUUACAGACAGAAAUACUCCUCAGUUUCAUCAGCUGUCCGGGUGACUGGUCUCAGACGAUCCCGCAGGUGAAGAAGUCAGAUGUAGAGGGGGGCUAGCUUGGUAACACGUAGUCUGCGGUUGUGAGGCCGGAUGGACGUACUGCCAAAUUCUCAGACGAAGUUGGAGGCGGCUUAUGGUAAAAAAAAUGAACAUUCAGUUCUCUGCCAAAAGCUCAGGUGGACAAUCCUUGCUGUCGCCAUGCCAAUUGCACACUCCCUCUACUUGAGAUAUCUGUGGCAUAGUGUUGUGAAAAAAACUUCACAUUUUAGUGGCCUUUUAUUGUCCCUCGUACAAGGUGCACCUGUGUAAUGAUCAUGCCAUGUAAUCAACUUCUUGAUAUGCCACACCUGUCAGGUGGAUGAAUUAUUUUGGCAAAGGAGAAAUGUUCACUAAGAGGAAUGUAAAUCAAAUCUGUGAACAAAAUAUGAGAGAAAUUAGCUUUUUGCGCAUAUGGAAAAUUCCGUGGAUCUUUAAUUUCAGCUCAUGAAACAUGGGACCAACACUUUACAAGUUGAGUUUUAUGUUUUUGUUACGUGUAUUUGGAGGGGAGCUCUCCUGACCUGGUAAAAUAAUAACAUCUUAACAUGCGUCCUAAAUUGGACCCUAUCGCUCCUCAUAUGGCUCCGGUCUAAAUUAGUGCACUAUAUAGGGAAUAGGGUUCUAUAGGGCUCUGGUCUAAAGUAGUACACUAUAUAGGGAAUAGGGUUCUAUAAGGCUCUGGUCUAAUGUAGUGCACUAUGUAGGGAAUAGGGUUCUAUAAGGCUCUGGUCGAAUGUAGUGCACUAUGUAGGGAAUAGGGUUCUAUAGGGCUCUGGUCUAAAGUAGUGCACUAUAUAGGUAAUAGGGUUCUAUAGGACUCUGGUCUAAAGUAGUGCACUAUAUAGGGAAUAGGGUUCUAUAGGGCUCUGGUCUAAAGUAGUGCACUAUAUAGGGAAUAGGGUUCUAUAGGGCCCUGGUCUAAAGUAGUGCACUAUAUAGGGAAUAGGGUUCUAUAGGACUCUGGUCUAAAGUAGUGCACUAUAUAGGGAAUAGGGUUCUAUAGGACUCUGGUCUAAAGUAGUGCACUAUAUAGGUAAUAGGGUUCUAUAGGGCUCUGGUCUAAAGUAGUGCACUAUAUAGGGAAUAGGGUUCUAUAGGGCUCUGGUCUAAAGUAGUGCACUAUAUAGGGAAUAGGGUUCUAUAGGGCUCUGGUCUAAAGUAGUGCACUAUAUAGAGAAUAGUGUUCCAUUUGGGAUGCUACCCUAGAAUACCAGACCUGGUUGACUGUUUGUCUAUACAUACUGAAUAGAGUGUUUCUGCGUUUUUCCACCUUGUUGAACCAAGAAUAUGUUUUGGCUAAAUAUCUAUUUUUGAGGUGUACUAAUAAGGAUUACAGUAUUAUGAAAGUAUAAAUUGCUCUCAUGAACUGAAAUGUGGAAAUUUUGUAACGCUGAUAUUUACCCUGUUUUGUUUAGUGUUUUCAACAUGCAAUGUGACACAAGUUCAGUGCUACUAUAAUAUGUCUCUCCCAAUUGGCACCCUAGUCCCUAUAUAGUUCACUACUUCUGUCCAAGGCUCAUAGUCCACUAUAUAGGGAAUAGGGUGCCAUCUAAAACACUGCUAGGGUCUUAUCUGCAUGUCUACCUCCAUGCUUUUGGCUUGUAUCAGAAACAUGGGUAUCUGCUGGUCUUUGUUGUCUUUAGUCCCUAAUACAUAUAUCUAGGCUAGGCUACUAUGGGUUUUUAUUUCUGAGUGUGAGAGGAGGUCUUUAAAUAUAUCUUGUCUGUAAUGGGUAAGUAUAUUUUUUUUGCACAAAAUGGCAAGGAUGUGCCUCAAGUCAAUACACCUGAACUAACAAAUCAAGUUUUUAGGAUCUCACCUUUUUCUGAAUCGGAGGAAAACUCUGUCUUUCUAGAGGUAACUAUUAUGUCCCUUUUUUUUUCUUCAAUCGUACAAUUGAUACCAGUCUGAAUCAUACAGGCUCCCACUUGUGGAGAAUGGUGACGGGUUGUGUGAAUUUCUAGGGGUCGAGAGGGAAGAAGGGGAUGGUUGUUUAGUAGUACAUCUACUUGGCUCCGUAUGACCUAAGAUUACGUCCCAAAUGGUACCCUCUUUUAUUUAUUCCCUAAAUAGUGCAUUACUUUUGACCAGGACCCAUAGGGCUGUGGUCUAAAGUAGUGCCCCCCUUUACAUAGGGAAUCCGGUAGCCAAAGCCUGGGUCCGUUACUUCUGCACAGAAUUGAUGUCUUGUGAUUCCCAUUUUUUUUUAAAUUUUUUUUAGAGUAACUUAGUUCAGCUCAGUAGAACUUUUCUCUCACGUUUAGGUAGCUGCUUCCCACUUGAUACCCUGUCUAGAAAACAAGCCCCCACCUACCCCCUGCCCUGUCUAGAAAACUAGCCCCCCCCCACCUACCCCCAGACACCGGUGGGAUCUGAGGCUGUAUGUAUCAAGUGUCUCAGAGUGGGAGUCUUGAUCUAGGAGGAUUUCUCUUCACAGAUAAUUAUGAAUAUGAUGACACGGACAAGGAGGAUCCUAGAUCAGAUCCCCAUACUCUUGAGACGCUUGAUACCGACGGACUCAGAUACAAAUUUGAUAGGUUUAAGCCAUAUGCUCUGAUAGGGGCAAGGUGAAUAUAUUACCACAUUUAUUACACGUGUCCAACCUUCUCAGAUAUCCACAAGUGUCUGGGGGAGGGGGUAGGUAGAGUGUCUAGGGGUUGAUUCUGGACAGGACCCAAAAUCUCUGGACAGAGGCGGAGGGCGGGGUAUAGGUGCUCAUUCACUUUGGGCAGAGUCAGUUCAGUCAUUCAUUCUGUGAUUUUUAAAUAGGUUUGCACGUUCCUCUGUACCUGGACAGUGUUUUUGAUAGAAGGUUAAUCUGUCUUCUCUAUCUAGACUAAUUGUAAAAUCAUUUCUGGUCGUCAACAAAUGGUUGGGACAGAUUGUCAAGUUUUGCACCCGUUGGUUGGCAUGCUUUGUUUUUUUGUUUUCAAGGGACAUUUUGACCAUGUACAGUAAUUUGUAAACUUGCAUCAAGUUUAUGAAUAAAGAAUUUUAAGAUUA